AUGCAGCCUGUUAAUCAUUUUAAAGCACAGUACGCUGCACAUCGAGUUUUGAUUGCCAUUACAUAUGUUAUUCUAAUCUUUUCACGUAAGUUUUUUUUUAAUUCCGGACCAACGUUACGUGGAUCUGAAACUUCUGUAUAACGCAACUUCUCUUUAACGAACAAAUUUAAAGCCCAUAUCGAUACGUUAUACAGCAGUUCCACUGUAUAUCUUCUAUUUAGAAUAAUAAAUUUCUCUUUUAGUACUAUACCUUCUCCUUCAUACAAUACCUUUGCAAAAAGCAAAAUUAUGGAAUGAAGAAAAGUUUGUUUUAAAAUUUAAAACAAACAGUUUUGAAUACGUAGUUCGAGCACCAAACGGCAGUUACUGUGAUGAUGCAAAAGCCAUAGUUUUGUUGCCAACCCGCCCCACCUACGGUGGAUUAGAUGCAAGACUGGCGAUUCGGGACAGUUGGCUUAAAUCAGAAGUAAUAGCUAUUUUUAAUUAAAAUUAUUACUAACGACUCUCGUCAUAAAAACACUAUAAAUGACCACAAUUUUCUAACUAUAAAGAGUUUUAAAAAAAUGUAAAGACAGUAUAUAUUACAAAAAAAAUUCGCAAACCCUUCUUCUAGCAAAAAUAUGGUCAUUUUUUUGCUGCGUAGAGCAAAAGUCAACAUUUUUUUUAAAGUUUUAUCUUGGUUUUACUAAUUUUUAUUUGUGUUGUACAGUGUCAUAAAUUUUUCAGAACGUUCCCAAGGGCAUUAAAUACAAGUUUGUGUUAGGUCUACCACAACACGCUUCACAAUCUCGAAUUAAAAAGUUAAACCGUAUGUUAAAAGAAGAACAAGACGAAUACAACGAUAUGAUCAUCUACAAUCUACCCGACACAUACAAUAAUUUGUUUGUAAAGACGGGUGUGUUACUUCAAUGGCAACAAAAAUAUUGCGCAAAUGCCAAAUAUGUGAUCAAGGCGGAUGACGACACAGUAAUCGAUCUCCACCGUUUGAACAAACAGUUAGAUAUUUGGUUUAGCGCAGAAGCAAAACAGUACAAAAAGCUGGUCUGGGGUCAAGUAUUAAGUAAUUCAACUGUUAUCAGAAAUAAGGAAGACAAAUGGUAAGCGAAUAUAUAAAUUUUAGCUGUCCUUAAAUUUUUAACUAAAAUACUAUAGUUGUUGUUGUCAACUUCUAAAAAAACUAAAUUAUGUAAAAAAAGAUAUAACCCUUGAAUUAUAUACUUUUAAUUUGUACCUUGGACGAAAACCUUGAAUUCUUGUCCACGAAAAAUCUCUCAUAAUUUUGUGCGUUCUCUAGUUUUUCUCUAAUGCCGACGGCAAUCAGACAAAAAUAGGGAUCUAUGAGAUUUUUUUCGUGGACAAGGAUUUAAGGUUUUCAUCCAAGGUACAAAUUAAAAGUAUAUAAUUCAAGGAUUAUAUUAUUAAAAGUAUUAAAACAAGGUUCGCCCAAGAAUCAGACAUGGGGUGUUCAAAAAUUUCAAUAUAUUUUAAAAUUGUUUAUUUUUUGACAAGAGGUAGUACUUAGGCAUAGAAAUGCAAAAAUAUAAAAAAUUUUUCAAAAUUUGGGUUACGGUAGGAGUACGGUAGGAUUUAAACUUUUUUUUGUAACUAUUGUACUAAAUGUCAGAAUUGAAUGAGAUUUUUUUUAAAAUUUUUUGUCACUAUAAGACAUUCAUUUUAUCUGUUGAAAACUUUUUUUUAUUAUGCCCGGAAGGCAUAGAAAAAAAUUAAAAUUUGCCAAAAAAUCAUGAAAAUUUUACGAAAUUUAAAAUUUCUCAAAAAAACUUCACAUGUGAUAAACUUUUGACGAUAACUGGUAUACCUACAUGCUAUUGCGGUUUUAAUGACACUAAUUUUGGGUCAUGCCAGCGGGGCUUGCGGUAGCUACGAACUUUUAAAGUUAACACCCUAGGGUCAGUUAGCAUAGGAUUUGGCUGUAAUUUGAUUCAAAAAGGUUAAAAAAGAUGCAUGGCACAUAUUGCAAGUUUUAUAAGUGUUUAAAAAUAAUUUCUUUUAUAUUGCAUUAGGGAAUUUGUAAUUAAAAAAAGUGAAUUUUUUUAAAUUUAAAUUUAAAAAAAAUUUAAAGCUCGGAAAUUAAAAUAAUAUGCCUUGGCUUUUGGUAAGUGACCUAUAUAAAAAAAUUUUUUUUGAAUAAAAUCCUAUGCUAAAUGACCCUAGGGUGUUAACUUUAAAAAUUCGUAGCUACCGCAGGCCCCGCUGACAUGACCCAAAAUUAGUGUCGUUAGAACCGUAAUAGCAUGUAGUUGUACCAGCUAUCGUCAAAAGUUUAUCACAUGUGAAGUUUUUUUGAGAAAUUUGAAAUUUCGUAAAAUUUUGAUGAUUUCUUUGCAAAUUUUAAUUUUUUUAAUGCUUUCCGGGCAUAAUAAAAAAAAGUUUUCAACAGGUAAAAUGAAUGUCUUAUAGUGACAAACAAUUUAAAAAAACUCUCAUUCAAUUCUGACAUUUGGCACAAUAGUUACAAAAAAAAGUUUAAAUCCUACCGUAACCCGAAUUUAAAAUUUUUUUUACAUUUUUGCAUUCCCAUUCCUAAGUACUACCUCUUGUCAAAAAAUGAACGGUUUUAAAAUAGUCUGAAAUUUUUGAACACCCCCGUCUGAGCCAUGUUCGAUUCUUGGACGAACCUUGUUUUAAGGUACCUGGCAGAAAAUAAGUACGACAAAGAAUACUUCCCCAGCUACACAAAUGGUGCCGUAUAUGUAAUGACAACAGAAGCAACAGCCGCAAUAUUGAACUCAACGGAAAAAGUUGAAGACAUCUUUUUAGAAGAUGUUUUAUAUACAGGGAUUCUGCGACAAGAAGCUGGAAUCAGUAUAAUGAACGUUGAGACAUUUUAUCCUGAAUAUUGGGCAAGUUUUUGGUAUCGCUCGUUUCGUUGUUCUGUAGAAAACAUUGCUUUUCUUUUGAAUUUUCCCGUCAAUUUCGUCGGGGAAGACAAAGUGAUCAUAUUUCAUUUACGUGCUGUAUUAAAACAACUUUAAAUUUCAGUUCCAUGAGUACUGCGAAAACAACAUGCCAAUUUUAGCGGGCGUAUACGGUUUGUCAACAAACAGUGUAGAUUCCAUGUACAAAACUUUACAAUCAAUCGACUGUUCAAAACCCAAAAGUUUAAAUGGAAGCUAUGAAUAUGUGAAUAGGGGAUCGUAG